AACCUUUAGAACGGGAUCUGGAAAUUCUUCUGAUGCUGCCCUGCUUGCUGACAGAGUGGAGCCUGGGGCUGGCAGGGUCAUAAUCUAACAAACAAAAAACAGUGGAAAUACACAAAGUCACAGUCCUCCUGUCUCAGCCCUGACACUGUGCAGGCAAGAAAAGAGAGACUCACCCCUGUAUCCCUCCCCGCCUCCCCUGCUCUGGCCUAAGAUGACGCUGACUUCACCCAGCAGGCCCCUGACCCUCCCCGAGGAGCUGGGAGGGCCUGAAGCACCAUGCAGGGCCCUGGUGGGGGUGGAGGUUAAGGAAGCAAACAACAUUUAAGAUGCUCAGUUUGCAGAGCAUUCAGGCUUCAGAAGGAGGGCUUUGAGAUACCCAAUUAAGCUCCACUCUCAGAAACUCUGACAGCUCUGAGGAGGACCAAGAAAGAGCAGGGAAAGGAAGAAAACAAGGAGGUGGUGAGACCACCAGGAGCGAAGGUAAAAGAUGAUAAUUUGCUGCCGCUUCUCAAACGUAACUGGCAAUCCUGAUUCCCUUAAAGGAAGAUCCUUCCUCAGCAAGCCCAAGGAAGAUGCUUAAAAAGACUCUGUCAGCCAUGACCUGGCUCUGCAUUCCCACGGCGGCAUUUGCCAACCACCCAGUGAGGCCACAGAAGCCGUCUAGUCACGGGAUGCCCAUACCACUCCAACCGGCUGCCUGCUCUGAGGAGGUGAAGGAGCUCAAGGCCCAAACUGCCAACCUAAGCAGUCUGCUGAGUGAACUGAGCCAGAGGAAGGAGACAGCCUGGGCCAGCGUUGCCACACAGCUGAUGGAACUGGAGACCAGUAACAAGCGCACAGAGUCACGGCUCACAGAUGCUAAGACCAAUUACUCUGAAAUGAACAAGCAGAUCGACAUUAUACAGCUGCACAUAGCAUACACCUCGGCAGAUGCCAUCUAUGACUGCUCUUCCCUGUAUCGGAAAAACUACUGCACAUCUGGAGUGUAUAAGCUUCCUCCUGAUGUCCUCGUUGGGAGCCCUGAGCUGCAGGUGUUCUGUGACAUGGAGACUUCAGGCGGUGGCUGGACCACCAUUCAGAGACGAAAGAAUGGCCUUGUCUCCUUCCACCGGGACUGGAAGCAGUACAAGCAUGGCUUUGGUCGCAUCCAUAGGGACUUCUGGCUGGGGAAUGAACACAUCCACAGGCUCUCCAGAUGGCCAACUCAGCUACGCGUGGAAAUGGAAGACUGGGAGGGCAACGUGCGCUAUGCUGAGUACAGCCACUUUGUUCUGGGUGAUGACGUGAGCAGCUACCGCCUCUUCCUGGCGAGCUACAGUGGCCGUGUGGGACAUGACGCCUUCCUCUAUCAUAACAACACAGCUUUCAGCACCAAGGACAAGGACAAUGACCACUGCUUGGAAAAUUGUGCAGAGAUACUUAAAGGUGGAUACUGGUACAAUUGCUGUGCAGACUCGAACCUCAAUGGGGUGUACCACCGCCUUGGAGAACACAAAAAGCACAUGGAUGGCAUCAGUUGGAAUGGAUGGCAUGGGUCUAACUACUCCCUCAAACGGGUGGAGAUGAAAAUCCGCCCGGAAGACUUCAGGCCCUAAAAAGAGACCUUCUGUGGAAAAAUGAUGCAGAAAUAGAGACAAAUGGAGGUUGGGCAAGGGCAGAGAAAGGGAAGAAGAGAGGAUAGAAAGGGUAGGGAUGGAAAACAGCCUAUAAUCUCCAAUAAGAGGAUACAUCUCUGAGGAGGACAACAAAAGACAUAGAAGCUAAUAGGAUGAGGCAUUUAAUCAUAAUGGUUCCUGAGAGAGACUUCUCAGGGGGCUGCACUGGGUGGGCUCUGCCUGUGAUCCCUGACAGCAGCAGCCUGUCUUUUCCACAUGAGUUUUCUGUGGGAAAAAAAAACAAAAAACUGUGUGCUCACUUAAUCCAUUUUCACUACAUUUAGGUUACAUGAGGGCAGAAAACAAAACAUUUUGUUUAAAAGAACUACAUUAUUUUGAUUCUCAAGGGAGAGGCCUUGGGUGUUAGGAAAAGGUAUAAAAGAGGAGGAGGAGGCAGUUUCCAUUUUUAAGUCUUGUGUAAUAUCUUUCUGUCUACACACUUAGUUUUCAAAACACAAAAACUGUGCUACUGGGGCUGAGCUGGCACAGGUCGGCGCUGCUUGGAGGAGGCUCCAGGGACCCAGGCCCCGCACUCAGCCUCCCUCAGGGCAGAGCCCUCCCGGGAAUGACGGGGCCCAGCAGUGUCAGAGGAGCACCCACGGGGUGAGGAGAAAGCUUCCAAUCUAUUUUUAUUUACUUAUUCUAAGAAAGGGUCUCAAAGAGCUUCAUUUUAUACCUUGUCUAUUAAAAAUGCCUGAAAAAUGAAGGUAGAUGGUGCUAUGGUUAAUAAUUCAUGCUGUAUGUAAGCAUCUUC